GCAGAUUAUUUGAGGGCUACGUUGCGGUAAUUUGCUACACACAUGUCUGAUCAGCUAAGGUCGUGAGGGAUUUGAUCAUUUCACCGUAUUAUGUAUUUCGUGCCUAGUAUUACAAGUGAAUUUCCCAUGUUAUAUUUAGAUGAUAGAUAAAUUACACUGAGUACUGUAUAACAUACGUUAUCCAAUCUACAUUGUAUACUAUAACAGGAUCAAAUUCUAGAUUUUAUGCAAAAGUUAGAAUUUGACCCUGUUAUAUUAUUGCUGAAUAAGUAGUUUAUGGAUAUGUUUUUAUGUAUAGCACAUAAUUUCACUGUUUUCAGACCUCAGCAACAUCCACGGUAGGCUAAUAUCCAUGGUAACGUUCCCAGUGUUCGUUGUAAAAAUAAAAUUUCUCCGUCUAACCAUUCACUGGUAACGCUGAUGUCUAUUCUUUUGAUAGAGCGUUCCAGUAGUUAAUUAACUGAUUGGGAACACGGAUUCUUAACUUAGGUCAAGAUCAGCUGAUCUUGUUUGAUCGUAUUUUUCUGAUAUCUAUUUCUGUAGUAGCUUUAGAUUAUGGUAUCUGAAGAGCAAACAGAUUAAAUACGUUGAUACAGAGUAGUAAUGUCAUGCCGUUUAUCAUUCUAGUGUGUUAUGGAGAAAAGAGCUCUAAUGAUCCAAUUAUUGGUCACCACUUACCAUAGGACUGAAUCUACUUAGGUCGAAGGCUCAGGAUGUGGCCCCCCAAGAAACCCAUCUGCUUCGGUUUGGGCACCCGGUUACUUUCACAGCCCACACACAAACCAUGUGACUUGUGUGGCGCGUGUGUAUUCGGUACCCUUAUGUAGUAAUAUUUGUGUGUUCAAAAAACCGAUAAGUGCUCGUUCGAAUCUAAUGAGAAUUUAGAUCCACAUACCUGUCUAGAAACACUAUGUUCUCCACUGUAAUGCAAAUUUUCAGAAGCUAUGGUCUAGUUUAAUGUGUGCUGGCAUUCCGUGAGCAGAUAAAUCCUAACUACUUUCAAGAUGUUGCUCUAAACAUAAUCACUGGCCUUCUGACAAAAAAACAUGUCUGUGAGAAAUUAAACUGACAAUUCCACCGACUUAACACCAGAAGGCUCUAUUCGUUCAUCUGUUGUCCUCAAUAUGUCACUUGUGUAUAAAUAAAUUGUUAGUUAUAAAGUCCGGCCAAGGUCUGUAAAGUAAGUAAACCGGUCACUAAAUGGAGUAAUAAACACUUUUUGACUCUAGUUGUGAUGACUUAUUGUUCAUUUUGAACUACCGACUUACUGAGUUACUGCAGAAAUUCCAAAACAAAAAUCUUCGUCAUUAAAUGAAGACUUCUUAACAAUCUACGAAAUUUGUCGAUGUUGAUUUUAUGUAGAAAGCUAUUAAGUGGGAGAAAGCCCUGAUACAGCUGAGGGUCGAGAUUUUACGACCUCUCUAAGGUAGUUACUGCGUUCAAAUCAAUAGGAUGUCGCCUACGAAAAUUAGAAGGGAAAAACAGACGUCUGUCCUAAGCCUACGCUAACAAUCGUGUGCUGUUCCAAAUUUCUUUCACUGGAUUAUACUCUUUAAAUAACAUCUCCAAACCCUAAUCUUCCCGAUUACUGCUUAUACUCUUAUUACCUCUAUCACUACGGGAUUUGAAUCGGCAAGUGCAUCUCUGUGCUAAUGUGGUGUGGCAACUCGAACUGAUGUACGUACGUACGAAGUUCUACGUUGUUACUGACUGACUGACUGACUACGCUAACAAUCACUAUGCAGUGUCCCGUCAGAAGUGACUGAAAAAUUUGUAUCGGAGUAGUUCUAUGGAUGCUGAUAGUGGUGUGACAGAUGAAAUCAAUUUAUAAAUAGUGAAAGCGUAAGUGGCUUAUGCUAGUAUGGUCUAUCUUUGAGACCGUCAUGAUGUUAACCUGCUUUGAAAGGUCGGAUCAACAAUGUGUCAGUGAGGGAAGUUCUACUCUACGCUUACAGAAUCUGGUCUCCCCCUGUUGAGUUUGUUUAACUAUUCGCUGUGUUAGAUCAUCGUUGGUGACAUCCAGUGCCAACACAUCAUGUGUGUAAUUCUGAAGUACGUCAAUAUCUGCUUAAGCACGGUGACGACGAUCCAGUUGGUGUCACCAUUAAAGCACUGACUGUAUUCUUUCUUUUAUCCCAUCCCCCCUCCGUCUCUUCUUUCUUCAAAACUAUGUCUUUUGAUUUGUGUGGCUCAGUUUAUUUUUCGGUGCUAGGUUUUACCAAUUCUAUGUGAAGUAAGUAGUUGAUAACUGAAGUUUUCAGGAUGCUUUAAAUUAAAGAGCUAAAACACAUAUGCAAUCAUAAAAUUGAUAAGAAUGACAGAUUUAUGCAUUCAAUAACUGUAAAUCAUUUCUUAUUUACUCAUAUUACUGCGAUUGGCUCUGACAAUUAUUUUCGUUUUCAUACUCUUUUAAAAUGCAUUGACAUUUAAGUUGUUAUGAAUGCCUGAAGCUUUUGAACUCUUACCCUAACAUACAUUUUUUAAAUAUUUGUUAGGACAUUAAAAAUAUUCAGGUCUAAAUGAUAUUUAUUUUGUACACUGCCGAAUAACUUGAUUAACUUAUUUUGUGGUUAUUAGUAACUGAAUUGCAGUUAUUCUUUACUAUGUUAUACAUUGAUUUCUCAAUCACCUCAUAUCAGUUUUGUUCUGGAAAAGCUUUUGAUAAACCUGUUUGCUUAUUCAAAUUUCAGGUAGCGGUUGGUAUUCAGAAGAUUAUAUUCAUUCACAAUCAUGGUAUUUGUUAGUUGGGCCAGUGAUGGACUGAGAAUAUACGAGUUAGAUGAAAAUAAAGGGAUUGUUCAGUUGGAAUACAAAUCAUCUACAACUGUGAAAUGUUUAUCUAUCGCAAAGUCAAGCAUGUGGAUGGGUUACCUUGAUGAAACUAGUGUAGUUAUGCUUGACGUCAAUGAUCGAUCUGUCGUUUCCACUAUCCCUGUUGAGCCAGCUUCACGGAUUCAACUAUCACCGUGUGGAAAAUUUGGAUUCAUCUACACGUCAUUUAAAAUCGACAAUGAACAUCCAUCUGGUUCGCCAAAUAUAUUUGUAUAUGACAUGAUCAAUAGAACAAAGCUCAAAGAGUAUAUUUUCCGAAGAGGUGAUGGAUGGCAACCACAAUGGAAUUCUGAUUCAUCCUUUUGCUCGAUUUUUGUCAAUGGAGAAAUUCAUAUGUAUACAAACAAUCUAUUUUCCGAAAAACCGUAUACUAAAUUAUCACUAAAAGGUAUCCGCCAUUUUUCUAUGAGUACUUCAAGUCAACCAAAUCUUGCAGUGUAUAUACCCGGGGAAAAGAACCAACCUUCUUUUGUCAGAGUUUAUCAGUGCCGUGAUAAUCAACUGAUUCAUAUUGCAAACAAAUCGUUUUUCCGUGCUGAUACAGUCCGACUAUUAUGGAAUGAUAAAGGAACUGAUUUACUCAUACUUACUUCAACAAAACUUAGUGAUGAAAGUUAUUAUGGGGAUCAAGGUCUUUAUUUUAUAUCAGCUAGUCGAUCCGGUGAUAGUGCGAUUGUUCCAAUGCCACGUAAAGGUCCAAUUUAUCAAAUAGCUUUUCAACCAACAAAUUAUUCAUCUUCUAUGGUGAAAAAGAAUAAAAAUAAAAAAAUUGAAGAAUAUUUUGUUGUUUGUUAUGGAUUUACACCAGCAUCUGUAACAAUAUUCAAUUUGAACUGUGAACCAGUUCAUGAUUUUGGAACAGGUUCAUGGAAUGAAAUUCAUUUCAAUCCUCAUGGGAAUCUAUUGUUAUUAGCUGGGCUAGGUAAUUUGUCAGGCGAUAUGUGUGUUUGGGAUUUUUCAACUCAUGAACGUUUAUCUUCAUUUAAAACAACUGAUGUGACAAGUGUUCAAUGGUUACCAGAUGGUGAACAUUUAAUAUUUGCUACAACAACUCCAAGAUUACGUGUAAAUAAUGGAUUUGGGAUAUGGCAUUAUAGUGGUAAACAAUUAUCCUAUCGACCAGUUGAACGACGUGCUAUUCCUAGAGCAGCUACACCAGAUUUACCCGCUGCAGUUGAUCAUGAAUUAUAUCAAGUUUCAGUUAUAUUUCCAACAAAACUGGAAUCUGCUCCUGAACCGAAAAAGUUUGAGUCUGUUAAUGUAGAUUCAGUAAAUAAGCGUUCUUCGGCUUACGUACCUCCGGUUCUUCGUAAUCGUUCUGCAGUAGCUGUACAAUCAUUGAAAGCAUCCAAUAUGAUUGAUCAUGGAAAAAUUUCUACCCACUCUUUUAACAAUAAUAAUUCUAACAUUGGAAAAUUGAAUCCAAGCAAAACUAAUGGUUCAAAUCAGAAAACCGCAUUAUCUUCAAAUAAACCUGCCCAGACUGGUGUUACAGAUCCAACUUCAUCCAAUAAUAAAUGCGCCCACCCAGCUGCAUCAGACCCAAAAAACCAAAAGCAAGUCAAUCAGAUAUAUAAAAAACUGACGCAGAUUGAGAAACUAAAAACAGAACAAGCAUCCGGAAAAGCUUUGGCGUAUAACCAACUGGACAAAAUCGCGAGUGAGAAACAACUCCGGGAUGAAUUAGCUAAACUAUGCUUAUAAAGACCAUGUUGAAUUUUUAUUAAAUUUUUCACGUUUUUAUUUGGAGU